UCGUAGGUGUUCUCGAGCAGCUUGAACCGGAACGGGAGACCAGAGGGAGAAAGAUUGCACUCGUUCUGCAUGGUACAAUGGGGUCAGUUUCUGGCCCUUCUCGAUAGAAUGCCUGAGGCGACAUAUAGGGAUUGAUGAAGAGCGCUCUGCGUAACAGGCAUAAAGACUAUCUGUUCCAGAAGCGAGUCGCUCUCCGUCUUCCCCUCGAUUCAUUUCGUUUUGACUUCCGAGGAAACCACGAGUCGGGCGGAACGUGGAAACAAGCCGCUAUUCACGAAGACGUCGAAGAUGUUCGCCUUGUCGUGUCUUAUCUCACCGAGAGAUAUGGUUAUGAAGUAGAUCUUGUGGUAGGGCACUCGAGAGGGAGUGUGGUGGGUAUGUCUUGGUGUUGUACGAGCGAAGAAGGGAAGAAAGUCAGUGGGUUUGUAAAUGCGAGUGGGAGGUAUCGGAUGGAGAGGAUCCAAGACAAUCUUCGACACUAUGCUGCCUCCUUCGCCCAACUCGGUCACUAUAAGUGGCACGUUACUGUUGCCCGUAAACCUGUCGUCGGAAUAAUAUAUCCAGGAGAUCUAGAUCAGUUUGCUAGUUGGGACACGAGUAUCGUCUGGGAUCAAUUUCCAGGACAUACGGAUGUGUUGACAGUACACGGCUUGAAGGAUGCCACAGUACCACCCUACGACGCCACAUUAUACGCGCGAGCAUUCGGUUCAAGGGAACAGAGCGGACGAGGAUCCGGUACACAUAACCUAUGCUUCAUAGAAGGAGGAGAUCAUAAUUUUACUGGUAUCCAAGAUGAGAUUACGGACAUCAUUCUUCGAUGGUGGGCCAUGCACGAGCGGAAUGAGCUCAAGACUGGGAUAUGGGACACGGGUGUUAGGCCCGAUCCAGUUGCUGUGGUCACAGCCACCAGUCACAAACUCUGAACCCCGUCAAGAGUUGUACAACAUGGAGUC